CACUUUCAUUUUUAAUCCUGCCUCUCCAAUUAACUUACCAUGGUUUCUUCCUACCAUCACCAUCACCAUCACCAUCUUUUCACUUUCUCUAUCCUCCUCAUCCAUUUCAUCUCCACCACCUCUUCGUCCGCCUCCUUUCAUCCUAAAGCUCUAGUCCUACCAGUCUCAAAGGACUCCUCCACCCUCCAAUACACAACCAAACUCAUUCAAAGGACUCCUCUUGUAACUGUACCCUUAACACUAGACCUAGGCACUCCCUUCUUAUGGUUAUGGAUCAACUGCGGCAAAAACAUCAUCUCCUCCACAUACCACCCUGUUUCAUGUGGCUCUCCUCAAUGCACUCUCGCCAACGCUAAAAUCUGUAAGACGUGCCCUUCCCAACCUACCACCGGCUGCAACAACAACAACAACAACACAUGUGCAACUCACUCUCUCUACAACCCCAUCACCAAUAUCUCCCCACCUUUGGGCGGGGAGCUGGCUACCGAUGUAGUCCAAAUUCACUCGACAGACGGGUCCAACACGGGUAAAACCGUGACCGUGCCCAACUAUCUCUUUGUUUGUGCGCCCAAGUCCUUGUUACAGGGCCUACCAAAAGGGGUGUCUGGGAUUGCUGGGCUUGGGAGGACUACUGUCUCGCUCCCUUCUCAAUUCUCCUCAACCUUCGGUUUCCCUCAUAAAUUCGCACUCUGUUUAUCGUCUUUCCCCUCAGAAGACGGCGUCGUUUUGUUUGGGGACGGACCUUACAACUUGUCGUCCGGUUCAGAUGUCACAACCUUAUUUUCAUACAAUCCUCUUAUCCGAAACCCGGUCCGACCCUCUGAGUAUUUCAUUGGAGUUACAGCAAUCAGAAUAUUGGAAAAAGACUUGCCACUUGACAAGUCUUUACUAUCUAUAAACAACAAAGGAAAUGGUGGAACCUUGCUAAGCGUUAUUCAUCCUUACACUGUUAUGGAAACUUCUAUUUACAAGUCAUUUAUAACCACCUUCGAUACACUACUGAAGAAACUGUAUCAAUUGAAAAGAGUUACUCCGGUUGCGCCAUUCGAGAUGUGCUACGAUUCUGGUACCUUUGGUUACACGAAGAUUGGGCCUUUUGUACCGGAUAUCAACCUAGUGUUGCAGAAUGGAGUGUCUUGGAGGAUACAGGCGAUGAACUCCUUAGUGAGAGUACAAAGUAUACAAGCUUAUUGUCUUGGUUUUGUGGAUGGUGGGAGGAACCCAAGGGCUUCCAUUGUUAUCGGAGCGUAUCAAAUGGAAGAUGUUUUGUUGCAGUUUGAUUUAGCUAAGUCUAGCCUUGGGUUUACUACUUCUCUGGUUCCUGAUAGGAUUAGAUGCUCGAACUUCAACUUCACUUCGAAUGUGGUAUGAAACGAAAUCGUAUUAGUGUUCGUGUUUGAUUUUACUAGCUACAAAUAUAUGAUAUGAUGUCACACAAUGCAAAGACUAGGGACUUACAAAAAAAUACUCGUAUAUGAAUAUCAUCACUAUUGUACCAAGUUCAUAAUUUCACGUAGUAUAUGUGAGAAUGUGACAUAUCGGGUAAUGAUCAAUAUUUAAUUAUCAUAUUCAUAUG